AUGCCCGAGCAUCAGGUGUAUCACGUCCAUCCUCUCGGAUGGGAGGAUGAUCCCGAAGAGGAGAGAUUCAAGGUAACGACGCUCGACUACCUGUCAGUGCAGGCCUACAACAACUACGCGCUGUUCUUCCGUCUCGCUGACGAGGACAAGCGCAAUGCGGCCGAGGUCCUGAAAGCAGGCCUCAAACAAACAUUGAGCCAGGUACGACACCUCUGCGGUAUAAUCAAGAAGGACGCUGCGGGCGGCUACUUGUUCUACAAGAAACGUGACAGUACUAUCCAAUUUAUUAUGCAAUGGCUCGAGUCAGAGAAGUACCCGUUACUCAACGAGAUCGAGCAGUCGCACUUUUCUGCCGUCAAGUUGGGUGAUCUCAACGUAUGGAGUGUACCACUAAUGACAUAUGGCGAGAAGCCCAAGGCAAAUCUAGAUAACAGCCAGGUUGUUGCCGCCUACAAGGCAAACUUUGUCCGCGGUGGCCUCGUCUUCAUCAUGCACCACCACCACUACUCUAACGAUGUGAUGGGCUGGGCCGGGCUUACACACCAGCUAGCGGAGAACUGCUAUGCGAUUGUGAAUAAAACGCCAUUCCCAGACUGGGAUCUAAAGAAUCUCGAUCGCUCACGCGUGACGAAACCCGAACCCCUAGAGGAAGCCAAGGUCGACGGGCCCCCAGCGCCCGAGCGCCAUCUGGAGUAG